GUGCACGUAAUUCUUCCUCUACCUGAACACCUCACCAUCAUGCCCCCACCCUUGCUUCCAUAUCUCGAAGGGCACAUGACGAGCCUGCAGCAAUAUGACAUCGGGUUCAUCAAACGCGAAUGUCCCUUACUCGUCCGCGGCCCAUAUCUCGAAGCACAGGAAAUCGUCAAUGUCGCUCGUCAUGCAUGGAUGGAGCAUCGAUUUAUGAUAGAGAAUGCGGCGACGAAGCAGUCUCUCCAGAGGGAAUGGCAGGCUCUAAUGGAUCACCGGAGACAACUCGAGCGGAUGAUCCGACGGAUCGGGGCUACUAAACUCCUACCACUCAAUCUCAUCUCGACCGCUCGAAAACACGCCAUCCAGUAUCGGUGGCUGGCGGCACGAUAUAAUAGCCAUAUUACGGAAGUCUGCAUGACUGUGCAAAUCGCAGAGCAGAUGAAGCUUGGGGCGGCGGCGCGGGACGCAUUAGGUCCGCAGAUAUUAGUUCAGGAUGAAACCCCGCACAACCCUCCCGAUUACACUUUCGUUCCCUACGAUCACAUCGGAGACCCUGUUCCAGAUCCUGGCAAACUGGGACGCGACACUAUCUUAGAUGCUAUGUCAGACUAUGUCUUCGAGUACCAAGACGAUGAUGAAGAGUGUGCCUCCGACGCGCUAUCAGUCGUCGAUGCCAAGCCCGUAUCCACACAACACCUUGGCCAACGGCCAAUUUCCAGUAUGGAGAAGCCUGUUCAUCACAUGCUUUUAUUCAGCCUGCUGAUACAUCUCAGGGACUCCGUCGCUGGGCUUUUCCAAAGAUGGAUGGAGCGCGGAGAGCGACUGCGAGCUCUCGACAUCACAUAGCAUUAGUGAUGAAGGGGCACCGGAAGUUGGGAUGGAACGCGAAGGAUCUUGAAUGUUUUCCCAACGUUAUAACCAUGUAUGUUGCUUGACGAAAUACAGC